AUGUCUGCGACCACGAGGCAUGAUACAUCACUGCAGGACAUCCGAGGUAUGUGGGUGCCCAAAUCCACAAUAGCUGGAUACAGAAGCGGCUUGAACCAAAUCAAGAAGUGGAUUCUCGCUCAUGGGACUCCGGACAUGCUCACAUCCAUCGGCAGCAUCGACUUGACUGUGUUCACGUACGAUCACUUUCUUCUGUUCAUUCAGUGGGCAUUUCAAAACACUUCCAACAAGCCAGGGACCCUAGCUCGUUACAGACUUGGCAUCCACGCGGCAGCGCAAAGUCUUGUCGCUAUGGAAGUUAUGAUGAACCAGUUCGAGCGCGUUUGCUACGAGACUGGACUUGUCAUGCCCACGCAUCCUACAGAAGAUGAUGUGUCACAGCACUUUGAACCAGUGGCGUUGUACAUAUGA